AUGGCAUCACAUAAUCAAAGCAGAAAUGGGCUUUCGCUAUUUUCGUUCAAACUGGGGUCCAACGGGUCGAGCAAGUCUUCGGUAAAGGGAGGCGAAAGCACGUCGCCUACGAAUAGGUCGAUUGAGAACCACCAGUUGUCGUCGCCAGUGAAUUCGCCGAUGUUGAUGGGCGACGAGGCCAGCGAUAUGGCCAGCGAGGCGAACAGCGACAUUUUCGAGCGUUCGGUCCAGGACUCGUGCACUGAUCUCCACCAGAGCCAUCCACAACCAAAGUGCAACAGGUGCACUACCAACAGGUCGAGAAGCUGCACUCACAAUUCGUCGCUCUCGUUGCAGGGUGGGUUGAAGAACGAGGACUUCAUUCCACCGGCUAUCGACGCGACCACAAGCAUUUUGAGCGACGAGGACACAAACCUUGACGACAUCGAGAUGGUGUAUUCGAAUAGAAGAAACUCGUCUGUUAUUGGCCUCAACAUGGCGCUUGGCAGACCAUUUGGCACCUCUAGAAAGAACUCGACGUAUUCGCUCCAGCUGAGCCAGCCUCAGGCUGCACAACAGACCCACUCACCUAUUUCCCCCCCAAAAUUGACGUCUUCUAAGUCUUCCUUGAGCUUUUACUCAUAUGCUGAUAUGAUCAACAACGAAGAAAUGCAAAGAAGACCUUCAUUCAAACAAUCAUAUUCCCAAAAUUCUUUCCCCCUUAAGAAAAAAUCGCAUGUUGGCUCGAUCCCUCCUCCUUACAAAAAAUCGGGUCAAUUCUUGUUGUCGAAAGAGUUAUCGACAAAAAACACCUUUACUACUGCAUCGCCCAACCAAUCAUUUUCCAACCAGAAUUUUUUAAUUCUGCCCGAAUCGUCUGAUUCGGAACAUGAAAACUAUUUUCAGGGUAAACGUAAAUCAGUCUCUUCUAACAUAUCUUCAGGCUCGAAACCAAAUAACUUGAGGUUCGAUAAUGAUAACGAAAGCUUAGUCUCAAGCUCGGUCGGUGAUUGCUUAAGACAAUCCACCACCGAAAUUAACGGUAAUUAA